AUGCUUUCGAGUUUGCGGGAUGCCACAAAGAGAUAUGGCGCAAACAUUGACCGGUUCCCGGAGGGCACAAAAAAGAUGCUUUUCAAGUUUGCAGCAAUGACACAAAUCCCAGCAUUCAGAUCAGAUAAGGGCGAACUACCGAAAGAAAGAAUGUUCACGAGGCCAGAACAAUGGAAAGUGGAGAUAGGCGACCGAGUUUUAAUCACAAAGGGCAGGUUUAAAGGCCACGUGACGAAGGUUUUGGCAUUUCACAGAUCCACAAACGAGUUGUUUGUCGAGCAGUCAGAAACUAAAAAGAUGGUGAUUCCAAAGCAAUACUGGCAGGCAGGUCAGCAGAGUCACGUGAUAAACUAUCCAAAGCCGAUCUCUCCCAGGGAUGUAAAGGUGGUGAGUACGAUGGUGGAAAUAGGGAAAGAUGGGGUGGAAAAACGGACAGAAAUUGCAGCUGAUGAUGUUGUGUUCAAAGGGAUGUACUGGGAUGCAGAUUACGGCAAGAUGAUGCCAUACAGACGGGUGAAAUAUCACGAGAACAUCAUUAUUCCGUGGCCAAGGCCAGAGCCAGUUGAAGAUGAUGCGUUUGCAACUUCAAAAGAAGAAUCCGAGGAGAGAACAUACAUUCCAAACAGCAUUGUGAGAACAGACUCUCCACCGGGUAUUGUUGAGUCGAUGAGAAGCCCAAUAAUGCGUCGGAAGUACAAGUGGGACAAGCAGGUGAUCAGUCGGAGUGAUGAGAAGAGACUCACGCCACCUGAGAUGCCGAUUAGUGCGGCCAAGAGGGCCGGAAUGGAAGAGAGGCAGAAAAUCAACGAGUCGAUUCCGAAAAAGCCGACUGCAGAAACGGUCAACUUGGUCGGUAGUCGCGUCGCUGCUCUUCUCAAUGGAGUUACCGAUGCCAACUUUGCAGCUUGGGUGAAUUCGGUUGCGCCAGAUUCGGAAUUGAAGAAUUUGGAAAAGAAGGAAAGGGAGAAGAAGAUAUUGGCGGAAAAGACAAGAGAGGCCCAUCAAAGAAACAUAAUCCGGCACCGGGUCAUCACAAAGUACAAGAACCAGGGCCGGAGGUGGAGAAGCUCGACAAUCCUUUAG